AUGGGCGCCAAAGGGAUGGUUUCAUUCAUAGCAAUUGUUGCUCUACUUUUCCCUUUGGCAGCAACAAUAGUUUCAAAAUGCUACAGAAAUACCCAGCAGCAACUGCCACUUGGUAAUCUAAGCAAUUUGGAGGGGACGAUGGAUGAGGAAACGUUUGAACUAUUAAGGACCAAUUGUGGAGCAGAGUUUACUCAUCUCGUUGAAGCUCUUCAAGAUCUUGAAUCCAAUGGCAUUGAUAAAGUACCUUUGGAAAAAGAAAGAUCUAUGCUAGAUUGCUUGAGGGUGGAAUCACCAAUUCCAGUUCCUAUUCGACGCAAGUUGGCUGAAUCAAAUUGUGAGCCUCACUGUACUGAAGAAACCCCUAAACAAAAUGGUCAAAGUCAAAGUUUGGAUAUAGAACCAAUUCCAUUUGCUGUUAUUAAAGCAGACGGGGAUGAGAGUGGAAUCACCAAUACCACAAUCAUUAUUGCUGUCGUUUCCACUUCAGUUGUCACAUUUCUUCUUGCUACCCUUUUGUUUUGUUGGUAUACCAAGUCUUAUAGUGGGGUGCAAAAUGACGAAAAACCCCUUCUCAGCUUAAGCAUGAGUUCUUCUCAAAAACCUACAUACAGUGGGCAAAAGUCUAACAAAGGUUUUGGAAAUGGUGGAGAUAAUUUGAUGUUUACAAAAUCAGACAUAAAGAAAACAAUUUCAUCAGUGAAUUCAAGUGUUUCAUUAGGUAUCCCAUUAGAUCCACCUCCUGGAAAUUUGAUUGCUUCUGGAAUCGCGCCUCUGAAACCGCCACCUGGCAGGCCCGAUUUGGCUUUAAAAGCUCCACCGGGAAUGAAAGAUCUACACACUCCUCCUCUCAACGCCGGUUCUCCUCCUUCUCGAUCGCCAGCUGGCGGCGGUGGUGCCGCCGCAGCUCCGGUGUUAUCACCAUCUGCCGCUCCUUUAAGUCUUCAUGGUCCUUCACGAGCCGCUUCAGCUAGACGGCCUCCGUUAGCUGCACCACCGCCUCCACCGCCAUCUGGAAAAGCACCGCCACCGCCUCCGCCAUUAAAGCAAGGUCCACGACCGCCGCCGCCUCCAGGUGGUGGUGUGAAAGGUCCGCCUCGACCACCUGGUGUAGGGUUGAAAACUACACGUCCUUCACCAGGUGAUGCUGAUGGUGAUGAUUCUAAUAAAGCUAAGUUAAAGCCGUUCUUUUGGGAUAAGGUUAUGGCAAGCCCUGAUCAAGCCAUGGUUUGGCAUCAAAUUAGAGCAGGGUCAUUUCAGUUUAAUGAAGAAAUGAUAGAAAAUUUAUUUGGAUAUAAUGAGAAAAACAAAGGGAGUAACAGGAAGAGUUCAUCACAAGAUCCCUCUUCGAAUAUUAUUCAAAUUAUUGAUGGAAAGAAGGCCCAAAAUUUGUCCAUUCAUCUAAAAGCAAUUAAUAUUACAACAAAUGAAGUUUGUGAUGCACUUAAAGAAGGAAAUGAGCUCCCAGUAGAGCUUAUUCAAACAUUGCUGAAAAUGGCACCAAGUGUAGAAGAAGAAAUGAAGUUAAGACUAUAUGAUGGGGAUUUAUCUCGCCUUGGAACUGCAGAGAAGUUUCUAAAAAGAUUAGUUGAAAUUCCAUUCGCUUUCAAAAGACUCGAAACUUUACUUUUUAUGUGCACACUUCAAGAGGAACAAGAUAUCAUCAAAGAAUACUUCCAAACAUUAGAGUCUGCUUGCAAAGAACUUAAAAAAAGCCGGUUGUUUUUAAAGCUUCUAGAAGCCGUUUUAAAAACCGGGAACCGUAUGAAUGAUGGAACAUUUCGUGGAAGUGCACAAGCAUUCAAACUCGACACUUUGUUAAAACUUUCAGAUGUUAAAGGAGUCGAUGGAAAAACAACUCUUUUACAUUUUGUAGUACUUGAAAUCAUUAGGGCAGAAGGUAUACGAGUAGCCAAAAGCAAUGACCUUCUAGAAGAAGCCGCUAAUUCUUCACAAGACACAAACGAAUACUAUCGCAAUCUUGGUCUCCAAGAGGUGUCAAGAUUGUGUGGUGAGCUUGAAGAUGUUAAGAAAGCCGCCACUAUUGAUUCAGAUGGGUUGACUGGAACGGUUUCUAAAUUUGGAAACGCGCUUGUAAAAGCACGUGAUUUUUUAGAUACGGAUUUGAAGAAUUUACAAGAAAAUAAUAGUUAUGAUGAUGAUAGUGAUGAGGAUGAGGAUGAGUUUCCUGGGAUUUUGUCUGGAUUUGUGCAAAGUGCUGAGAAAGAUAUUAUGUGGAUGCUUGAGGAAGAAAAGAGAAUAAUGGCACUUGUGAAAAAAACAGCGGAUUAUUUUCAUGGACAAGCCGGGAAAGAUGAAGGGUUGAGAUUGUUUGUUAUUGUUCGUGAUUUUUUGAUUAUUUUGGAUAAAGUUUGUAAAGAGAUUAAAGAAACUCCUUUAAAGCCGCCACCUAAGCCGAUACAGACAAAAUUAGACGAGAAGAAAGAUGGCUCGCCACGUAGGACGACAGAAGUGAAGAAAGAUGGCUCGCCACGUAGGAUGACAGAAGAGAAAAAAGAUGGCUCGCCAUGUAGGACGACAGAAGAGAAAAAAGAUGGUUCGCCAGGUAGGACGACAGAAGAAAAGAAAGAUGGUUCGCCACGUAGGACGACAGAAGAGAAGGAUGGUUCGCCACGUAGGACGACAGAAGAGAAUAAAGAUGGCUCGCCACGUAGGACCACAGAUGGUUCGCCACGUAGGACGACAGAAGAGAAGAAAAAUGGUUCGCCACGUAGGACGACAGAAGAGAAGAAAGAUGGUUCGCCACAUAGGACGACAGAAAAGACGAAAUAUGUUUUGUCGCCAAGGAUGACACAAAUGAAAGAUGUUUCGUCUCCUAGGACACGGGAAAAUGAUGAUUUGCCAUGUCGGACUAGGGAAAGUGAUGAUUUGAAACGUGAGACACGAGGAGGUGAGGGUUUCCAAGAUUCCUGGAAGAAUGAGGAUCCACAAGAAGUUGAUGAUCUCCAAGAUUCUUGGAGUGAUGAUAGUGUUGGACAUGAGAAACAUGAAAGUGGGGGUCCACUAGAAGUUGAUGAUCUCCAAGAUUCUUGGAGAAAUGAGGAUGUGAUGCAUGAGAAACAGGAUAAUGAAGCUCUACAAGAAGUUGAUGAUCUCCAAGAUUCUUGGAGAAAUGAGGAUCUAGGACAUGAGAAACGGGAAAAUGAGGAUCCACAAAAAGUUGAUGAUCUCCAAGAUUCUUCGAGAAAUGAGGAUCGAGGACAUGAGAAACAGGAUAAUGAAGUUCCACGAGAAGUUGAUGAUCUCCAAGAUUCUUGGAGAAAUGAGGAUGUGAUGCAUGAGAAACAGGAUAAUGAAGUUCCACAAGAAGUUGAUGAUCUCCAAGAUUCUUGGAGAAAUGAGGAUCUAGGACAUGAGAAACAGGAAAAUGAGGAGCCACGAGAAGUUGAUGAUCUCCAAGAUUCUUGGAGAAAUGAGGAUAUGGGUGAUGAGAAACAGGAAAGUGCGGGACCACGAGAAGUCGGUGCUCUCCAAGAUUCUUGGAAAGAUGAGGAUCCGAGACAUGGGACACGAGAAAGUGAGGGUCCACAAGAAGUUGAUGGUCUCCAAGAUUCUUGGAGAAAUGGGGAUCUUGGACAUGUGCCAGAAGAAAGUCAGAGUCCACAAGAAGUUGAUGAUCUCCAAGAUUCUUGGAAAAAUGAAGAUCAAAAACAUGAGACACGGGAAAGUGAGGAUCCACCACACGAAAUAGAGGAAAAUUAUGAUUUACUUCAUGAGACACAGGAAAUAAAAUCACCAUACAAGAUCGAGAAAAGUGAUGAUUUAGGACAUGAAACAUUGGAACGUGAUGAUUCACAACAUAAAACACAUGAUGAUGAUUAUGAUGAUAAUGAUGAUGAUGAUGCUUUACAACCUACGACACGGGAAGAUGAAGAUUUGGAGAUUAAGAGACAGGAACUUGAUGAUUCACAACAUAAGACACAUGAUGAUGGUGAUGAUGAUGAUUUACAAUCUGAUACUUCAUGGGAAGAUGAAGAUUUUGAGGUUAAGACACAGGAACUUGAUAAUUCACAACUUAAGACACUAGAAGAUGAUGACAUGGAACCUAAGCCACAGGAGAAUGAGCACAUGCAACCUAAGACACUGGAAGAUGAAGAUUUGCAAAAUGAGACACAAGAAACAAAUGAUUUGCAACCUGAGACUCAAAAGAAAGAUGAUUUUCCACCUUCAGAACUCCUCCCAUCCGGUUUUCAUACGAGAACUCAACUUCAGAUGAGGACUAAUUCAUACAUAUUCUUUGUCUAUUUACCAGUUGGAACACAAAAACAAGCUGAUAUUGAUACAAAAGAUACAUGGCAAGAGACACAGAAAACGAAACAGGUUAGGAAAUGGAGAGGCUAGUGACUUACUUGUCAUUGUACAAAUUGUUAGGGUAAAGAACAACAUAAGCUUAUUGCAGUAAAUAUGAAUGUAAAUUGUUGUAAAUAUCAAUACACAGCCUUUUCGGGUCUUUAUGUAUUGAACAGGCUUUAUGUAUUGUUCAGUGGAG